GGAUUGACUGCUAGAGCGUAAUAAAUUGUGUAAGCUGGGUGUGCAGGAACAAAUGUAUAAGUGACCUAGACUUUUCAUUCAAGCAGCCUCUAUGAACAACUUGAAUGACCCCCCCAGAUGGAAUAUCCAACCAGACCCCAGGGGAAGGGGGGCGGGGGGCGGGGAUGGGAACCAAUGGAACUACGCCCUUCUGGUCCCCAUGCUCGGACUGGCCGCAUUUCGCUGGAUCUGGACAAAGGAAUCUCAGAGGGAGAUCCAAAAGGUGAAAGCUCAGUAUGAUAAGGAUGUGUCUACAAUAAAAACCAAGAUGGAGGAUCAGUACCGUGAGACGCUGACAGAAAGGCGCAGGGCAGCAGCUGUGCUAGAGUUGGAGCUGGAGAAGGAGAGACAGAGGGUGAAAGGUUACAAGCAGGCACUUGUCUCACAGAGCCAGAACCUGAUGGAGGAACGGAAACAGUUACAGAAGGACCGUGAGGCUUUAGAAGAAGAGAAACAAAAGACUGUAAAGUCUGGAGCUGCAGGGGCUUUGCUGCACCAAGCCCUGGAGCGAGAGAACAACUGGUACCACCGAGCCUCAGCCACUCUGAAAGAACUGGAGGCUCAGCUUUUGGAGCGCCAGAACGCCUACUGCUCCCUGAUACAACCUCGAGAUCAACGGCUGGAGAUGGAGAAAAACAUGCUGCUAAAGGCCAUCAAAGACCCCCUAAGUUCAGAACUGGAUCUAGAGUCUGAUCUGAAGGACAUUUUUAAGCGAGAUAAGCACUGUGCGGACCUUUUAAACAUGGACAAGAGGAAGAACGGAAGCCUGAUGUGGGUUUACCUCAAAUACUGGCAGCUGCAGGUCACUGUCAAGAAACACAAGAGAGCUGAAGAAGCUUUAUUAGGAGGGAACAUACAGUCUCAUGCAAAGUAACUAAAAAGACAAAUACAAGCUUUAGUUUUUCAUUUGACUUUUAAGAAUGUGGGUUGGGAAUGGAAAUGCAUGUAUUGUUCACUCUUCAGUAUCUUUACUCGACAGGGAUGUUAUUAAGACACGAAACAGGGAAUCAGGGAACAGCCCAGCAUCUGAAAGUCCCUCCCUAUAUCACAUAGUUUUGAAAAGUAGGGAUAUUUCAAGCACACUGAAAUAUAUACUUCCAUGAACUCAGGAUCCCCUCUACCAAUAAGACCCGUUUACUGUCAAUGAGCUGUUUGAAACGUAUGAAUGAAUGCAUUAGGAUCAUCCAGAUGAUAUCCAAGUGAGGUUUCAACUUGAACUAAACUACAUAGAGAUCCAAUUUUUUCCCAUAAAGCCCCUUGGAAAUGUUGUUGGAAAAUGUGUGUCAAUUUAACUCCCACCCCCUUAGUGAAUUGAAUUACAGAAAGCUGCAUAUGUUGUAUGCCUACACCUUGGGUAUGAAUUUAGGUGCUUCAAUAACGGAUCUGAUUGUGAUGCGAUAACACCCACUCAUCAUCUUGAGGAAACAAAAUCCUUCUCAUCAUAAACGCUACUAUGAGAGAAAACAGCCAGGAAUUGUAAACACUUUUUUCAGGAAUAUAUUAAGGGAAAAGUCAUUGAAGUCUGUCCGUUGAGUAUUCUGACCGUGUUUAUUAUGAUCAGUUGUUGAGUAUCAUGAUGUCUGUGGGGCAUUAUCUGUUUUUAUCAGCACAUUUGUCCAUUACUUUCCCUCAUCUACAAUAUCUGUCUCUACUCUCUCUGUACAAUUUAUGAGUCUAAGGAUUCUGUUCAUGAUCUCCGAUUUUACAUUUUAAGUCUUUGUUCAAGUGUGUUAGGGCUGUUAAACUACCAGGGAAACACGACUCUGUGGGUGCAUGUGAGGGGACUAUAAGUGCUGAAAUUGUACCACAAUUAACAACACAAAAUGGCCAGACAGUGUCAGUCCAUCUUCAUUUGUAUAGUGCCAAUUCAUAACAACUGUUAUCUGCAGACACAAAGCAGAGCAGUGUAGACUGUACUAUUUGUUGUUGUUUGUACUUACAGGGACUCACAUUAACCCACGGUGAGCACAGCACUUAGCAACAUGCAGCAAAAAAACAAACGUCUCUACCCUUUUACUUCCUGCUUCACUCCUGCAAUAAAAAGGAUCAACUAAAGCUGUAGCAUCUGCAUAAGGUAACCAGGCUGUUAGGUUUUUGAUUUGAUCAUAACUUGGUCAAUAAAUGCUGAAAUAGAAUACUGACAUGUGCUGACACUAACCACUUGGUAAAAUCCUCUCAAUAAAUAUUUGGUGAAAGACUUGA